CAUUCAAAUUUGCUUCUCCCGCCAUUUGUCCGAAACGUUAAUGACGGAGUAUGUAAGCGACGCCAUUUCUGUAGAGUAAAUGUAUAAUGGCGAAUUUGAGAGUUGAUAAAGAUGCUUUCUAUCGGCGAAUGCGAAAGUUAUAUUCAGCUUGGAAGAAUGCCGAAAGUAGUGACAAUGGUUUUGGUAAAAUGGAUGCUCUGGUUGCUGCUGUUGGUCUUGAUGAAGAUGUUGUGUACAGCAAAUCAACAGCAAUUCAGACAUGGCUAUUUGCCUAUGAAUUGACAGAUACAAUAAUGGUUCUCUGUGAGGACUGCAUAUACUUCUUAGCAAGUAAAAAGAAGGUAGAAUUUUUAAAGCAGUUUGAAUCUGGGAAAGAAAAUGAAAAUGAGGUUCCUCCAUUAACUUUACUUGGCAGAGACAAAGCUGAUAAAGAUAAAACAAAUUUUGAGAAGCUUAUUAGUGCAAUUAAAAGUAGCAAGAAGGGCUCUACUAUUGGAGAAUUUGCUAAGGAUAAAUUUCCAGGAGAAUUUUUAGAUGCCUGGCGUGCUGCUUUGUCUAAAGAAAAUUUUGAUACUGUUGACGUUAGUGCUACUAUUGCCUAUCUUAUGGCUCCAAAAGAAGAUUCUGAAAUAGCUAUUUUAAAGAAAGCAUGCCAAGUUACUGUUGAUGUAUACUCAAAGUAUUUGAAGGAUCAAAUAAUGGAAAUCAUCGAUGCUGAUAAGAGAGUGAAGCAUUCAAAACUUUCUGAAAGUGUAGAACAAGCUCUGAAUGAUAAGAAGUAUAUAACGGGUGUUGAUCCUAAUCAGGUUGAUUUGUGCUACCCUUGUAUAAUUCAGUCAGGAGGAAACUAUAACUUAAAAUUUAGUGUUGUGAGUGAUAAGAAUAAUUUAAGCUUCGGAACUAUUAUUUGUGCACUUGGUGCUCGGUACAAAUCUUAUUGUUCAAACAUUGUUCGUACGUUAUUGGUCAAUCCAUCAAAAGAGCAAGAAGAGCUUUAUAAUUUCCUGGUGUCCCUUCAGGAAGAAGUUUUGAACAAGCUACAACAUGGAGUGAAACUCUGUGAUGUGUACAGUGCAGCUGUAUCUUUUGUGGAGAACUCUCAUAAAGAAUUGCUUGAUAAGAUGGUCAAGAACUUGGGGUUUGGAAUGGGUAUUGAAUUCAGAGAGAGUACACUUGCUAUAACUGCUAAAACAACUGCUGUAGCUAAAAAAGGUAUGGUUUUCAGUAUAAAUGUUGGAUUUUCUGGUCUUGAAAAGAAUAAAGCAGAGGACAAAACUCCAGAAAUAUAUGCGUUAUUCAUUGGUGAUACAGUAUUGGUUAAUGAGGGCCAACCAUGUACAAUUCUAACUACAAAUAAAAAGAAGUUGAAGAACAUUGCUAUUGUUUUAAAAGAUGAUGAUGAGGAAGAAGAGGAGGAAGAAAUUGAACCUGCUGUACAGGAAGAGACUUUAGUUAGAGGAAGAAGAACUGCAAUUUUAGAUUCUAAGUUAAGGACUGAGCAGUCCGCUGAAGAAAAACGAAAACAGCAUCAAAAGGAAUUAGCUGAGCAGUUAAAUAAAGAAGCUAGAGCAAGACUGGCCGAAUCAACUGGCAUUCAGAAAGAAGAAAAGGUCCGCAAGUCUAAUAUAUCAUAUAAGUCAGUUGGGCAACUCCCGAAAGAACCUGAACUGAAAGAACUUAAAAUUUUUGUUGAUAAGAAAUAUGAAACUGUCAUUCUGCCACUUUUCGGAGUGAAUGUUCCUUUUCAUAUUUCUACUAUAAAGAAUAUCAGUCAGUCCAUUGAAGGUGAUUUUACCUAUCUUCGUAUAAACUUCUUUCACCCAGGAUCUGCUCUGGGACGCAAUGAAGGCAAUUUAUUCCCUAAUCCUGAGGCAACAUUUUUAAAAGAAAUCACAUACCGAAGCACAAAUUCAAAAGAACCUGGAGAAAUAUCUGCUCCAUGUUCAAAUUUAAAUACAGCACAUAGACUUAUUAAAGAAGUUCAGAAAAAAUAUAAAACAAGAGAGGCUGAAGAAAAAGAGAAAGAAGGUAUCGUGAAACAAGACACUUUAGUUCUGAGCUCAAACAAGGGUAAUCCAAAGGUGAAGGAUCUCUAUAUUAGACCAAACAUUUACUCAAAAAGAAUUUCUGGUACUCUUGAAGCGCAUACUAACGGUUUCAGAUUUACUUCUGUUCGAGGUGAUAAAGUGGACAUACUAUAUAAUAACAUAAAGCAUGCAUUUUUUCAACCUUGUGAUGGAGAGAUGAUAAUUUUACUACACUUUACACUGAAGAAUGCCAUCAUGUUUGGAAAGAAGAGAAAUAAUGAUGUUCAGUUUUACACAGAAGUUGGAGAAAUUACCACAGAUUUGGGAAAACAUCAACACAUGCAUGAUCGAGAUGAUUUAGCUGCUGAGCAGGCUGAGAGAGAUUUAAGACAAAAAUUGAAAACAGCUUUUAAAACAUUUUGUGACAAAGUUGAGCAGAUGACAAAACAGGAAGUUGAAUUUGAUACUCCCUUUAGAGAGCUUGGUUUUCCCGGUGUACCAUAUAGAAGUACUGUACAGCUGCAACCUACCUCAGGAUGCUUAGUAAAUCUUACGGAUUGGCCUCCAUUUGUUAUCACCUUGGAAGAAAUAGAAUUGGUGCAUUUUGAGCGUGUUCAGUUCCACCUGAAAAAUUUUGACAUGGUUUUUGUCUUUAAAGAUUAUCACAGGAAAGUUGCCAUGGUUAAUGCAAUACCUAUGAACAUGCUGGAUCAUGUUAAGGAAUGGCUUAACUCAUGUGACAUUCGUUAUACCGAAGGAAUUCAGAGUUUGAAUUGGACAAAAAUCAUGAAGACUAUAACUGAUGACCCUGAAGGAUUUUUUGAAAGUGGAGGUUGGUCAUUCUUGGAUCCUGAUAGUGAAGGUGAAGAAGGAGAAGAUGAUGAGGAUUCAGAUGAAGAUGAUCAGUACCAACCUAGUGGAUCAGAAGAUGAAGAAGAAGAAAGUAGUGAAGAAGAUUACAGUGGAUCUGAAUUUUCAGAAGAUGAAGAUAGUUCUGAAGGUGACCUGGGAUCAAGUGAAGAAAGUGGAAAAGAUUGGUCUGAGCUAGAAGAGGAAGCUGCAAAAGGUAGUUUUUUCACCUAAUUGCUAAUAAAUAAAC